GAGAGUGAGGAGGCUGCGUAUCGAUCCCGCUCACAGCCAUUGCAGUGCAUUGGACUACAUACGAGAUCCAGGCAGCUUUGGUGGCCGGUGUCGAGUGCGUUUUGUGGCGUGUGAACGAAAGAUUCUGAGUAUACGGGAGUGUGACACGACAUAUCAUCAGUAUGGGCAAAGGGGAUCCUAAAAAGCCGAGAGGUAAAAUGUCCUCAUAUGCCUUCUUUGUGCAAACUUGCCGGGAAGAGCACAAGAAGAAACAUCCAGAUGCUUCUGUGAAUUUUUCAGAGUUCUCAAAGAAGUGUUCAGAAAGGUGGAAGACUAUGUCUGCUAAAGAGAAGGGAAAGUUUGAAGAGAUGGCAAAAGGUGACAAGGUUCGUUAUGAAAGAGAAAUGAAAAAUUAUAUACCACCUAAAGGAGAGUCAAAAAAGAAGUUCAAGGACCCAAAUGCACCAAAGAGGCCUCCUUCAGCAUUUUUCUUGUUCUGCUCUGAGUUCCGUCCAAAAAUCAAAGGAGAACAUCCUGGUCUUUCUAUUGGGGAUGUUGCAAAGAAACUUGGGGAGAUGUGGAAUAAUACUGCUGGAGAUGAUAAGCAACCCUUUGAAAAGAAGGCUGCUAAGCUGAAGGAGAAGUAUGAAAAGGAUAUUGCUGCCUACCGGGCUAAAGGAAAGCCUGAUGUAGCAAAAAAGAUAGCUCCUAAGCCUGAGAAGAGCAAGAAAAAGAAGGAAGAGGAUGAUGAUGAUGAUGAAGAUGAUGAUGAGGAGGAAGAGGAUGAAGAAGAGGAGGAGGAGGAAGAAGAAGAAGAGGAUGAUGAAUAAACCUCCUACAGCAGAUUUUCUUGUCUAUACAAGCAUAUAACCCCCCUGUACACAACUCACUCCUUUUAAAGAAAAAAAUGAAACAUAAGGCUGUGUAAGAUUUGUUUUUAAAUUGUACAGUGUCUCUCUUUUCUUUCCUUUUUCCUUUUUUUCUUUUUUCUUUUGUAUAGUCAACACACUACCAAAUGUGUCUCUAGGUAGCCCUGUCCUUUUAGUGGUAUCUCAAUGGCCACUAACCUUGCCUAGUACAGUAUGGGGGUUGUAAAUUGGCAUGGAAGUUUAAAGCAGGUUUCUUGUUGGUGCACAGCACAAAUUAGUUAUACCAUGGGGAUGUAGUUCUUCAUCUUCAGUUGUCUCUGCAUCAUAAAAAUAAUAGCUGUUCUGUUCUCUAAAUACCACUCUGUAAUUGCAAAAAAAAAAAAGUUGUAGCUGUUGACGUUUUGAUUGCUUUCAAGUAAAUGCAGUUUUUUAUUAGUAUUGUUGUCCUUUUAA